CAUAGAUGGCGAAAGUGUCGCGAUGGCGUCAACAAAAGUUACCAAAUUUGUCGAAUUUGGCAAGAAAAUAGUUGCUGUUGGCAGGAAUUUCAGUGAACAUGCUGCUGAACUUGGAAAUGCCAUUCCUACUGAACCUAUCAUCUUCCUCAAACCAACAUCAGCUUAUGUUACAGAGGGGAACCUCAUAAAGAUUCCCAAGAAUUGUCAAGAGCUUCACCAUGAGGUUGAACUUGGUCUUGUCAUUGGGAAAAUGGGUGCUAACAUCCCUGCAGAAAACGCCAUGGAUUACAUCGGAGGGUAUGCGCUGGCUCUGGAUAUGACCAACAGAGGGCACCAGACGCAGCUUAAGAAGAAGGGACAACCAUGGUCCCUUGCAAAAGGAUUUGACACGUCCUGUCCCAUUAGUGAUUUCGUACCAAAGGAGAAGAUACCAGAUCCUGGCGCUAUUCAGUUGUGGUGUAAAGUAAAUAAUGCAAUGAGGCAGGACGGAAAUACUAAAGAUAUGAUAUUCACUAUACCAAACCUGAUUAGUUUUAUCAGUGAAUAUUUCACCUUAGAGCCAGGUGAUUUGAUUUUGACUGGUACGCCUGCUGGAGUUGGGCCCGUGAAGUCUGGAGACACUAUUGAAGCGGGUUUAGAGAAUGUGGUUAGAAUGUCUUUCACUUUGGCCUAGUUGAAAGUACAGCAUCAUGGUGCACAUGUCAAGGACAAGUUUAAGCUCAAAGACAGUACGUCUUUUCUAGGAAUACUGUUUUUAGGGUUCAAAACGUUGUUGAUUACUUAUCAGCUUAAAAAUGGGUUUCAGAAAAGCAUUGGGUAUUCAGCCAUCAGCUGUGUAAUUUGAUAGACUGCUAUUGGCAUAGCAGUGCUGCCUAUCGUCUAUUUCACGAGACAAUAGCACUCAGAUACUUAGUGAUCUCACACGGAAAAUGCUGCGGUUGAAAAAAUUUUAAAUUUCAUCUAAAACUUAAAAGUCCAAAGCAGCAGUUGGAAAUAUUUUUAUAUUUCAUCUAAAAUUUUAAAGUCCAAAGUAUCCAAAACACUUACUUACAUGACCAAGAGCCAUUUGAAGUGAAACACUUGACAACUUUUCACAGGCAUUUUCGACAUUUUUGUGAGCUCGUCAUUUUCUGAUGCAAUGGACUAUGUUCUUGGUGCCAUGAGGUGUGUUAUUGAUUGAUGACACAUAUAAAAAAUGCACUUGUUAAAUUAUAUUGUCAAUUCAGUGUUUAAAAACAUGAUUGUGGGAAGCAUUUUUACUGUUUUGAUGUUUUAUUUCUAGCAUGAAUAAAUCUUAAUUAUUUAGUUCCAAUCAA